CACUUCCCCCCUCCCCGGGGCCGCCCUCUGGCUGCGGCGGCCCGGGUGUGUGUGGGGGUGUGUGUUGUCCGUGGGUGCGUGUGACCGCAAGCGCCGCCUGUUGAGGGCAGCUGCGGCUCCUGCGGGGGCGGGGACGUCCGCCCGCCGGUCCGCUCGGGGGCUUGGCCGUGGCGGAGCGGCCGUCCCACGCCUGCCGACACCCACCCACCCGCUGCGGCUGCGGCGCGACACGGUAAAGCAGUGCGUGGCCGGAGGUAGCGGUGGGCUCACGGUCGGCCUAGAGUUACCGGUUGUGCUACUCGAGAUACUGCAAGUGGGCAAGUGCCUUGUUUCCUUGUGAAAGAGGUACAAAAUGGCUUACAGCGUGACUCUGAAUGGACCUGGACCAUGGGGUUUCCGACUGCAAGGGGGCAAGGACUUCAACAUGCCCUUGACCAUCUCCAGAAUCACCCCUGGCAGCAAGGCAGCACAGUCACAGAUGAACCAAGGGGACCUUGUGGUAGCCAUUGAUGGAGUCAACACUGACAGCAUGACCCACUUAGAGGCCCAGAACAAGAUCAAGUCCGCCAGCCACAACUUGAGCCUCACUCUUCAGAAAUCUAAACGUCCAGUGCCAGUUUCAACCACAGCGCCCAGAAUUGACUCUCCCAGAGCUGUAAUUCCCCACCAGAAGGAACCUGCUUGGGAAAUCAAUGGCAACAGAACAACCUUCAGUCCUCUAACUAACACAGCGACUGGGCCCAUGGGUAGUAUUUUAGCAGCCAAUGGAACGUUUUCAGGCUACAUCAACAAGCAAGAGAUCAGCUUUUCAAAUAGCUCUUCCUACUUAAAGACUACCACAGUUAGAUCUUCCAUGUCCUCUCAGUCUGUGACUCCUGAUAUUUCACCUGCAAAGAGUAAUCUAGGUUCAAAACUAAGCCCUGUAUUGACUGAUGGCAAUAGUCCUUUACACCAGCUGAGCCCUGCAAGGCAGUAUAACAACCCUAUUGGCCUUUACUCAGCAGAGACUCUAAGGGAAAUGGCUGAGAUGCAUAAAUUAAGUCUCAACCGAAGGGCUUCGGAAGGUGGACUUCCUAGAGGUACCCUUCCUAUUAAAGAUCGUCAUGUAGACAGUGCCUCUCCGGUGUAUCAGGCUGUGCUUAAAACUCAAAACAAGCCUGAAGAUGAAACCGAAGACUGGAGUCGCCGUUCUGCCAAUCUGCAGUCUAGGUCUUUCCGCAUCCUGGCCCAGAUGACUGGAACGGAGUACAUGCAAGAUCCAGAUGAAGAAGCCCUGAGGAGGUCAAGAGACAAGGAAAAUGUUGCUGCAGCAUCAGAAAGCAGGCCUACAGCUACCGCACAUGCACCACAGUAUGUGACCUCAAGUAUUUGGCAUCCUCCUAAAUCAGGCACCAUGGAUGCCAACACUGACAAUGCUAAGCCAGUGGCCUCCAAGGGGUCUGUGAGGCUUGGAGCGGGUACAAGUCAGAGGGAGGCCAGUUACAUCACUACUGGCCAGAAAGUCCCUCUUGCUACAUCCAGUAAUAAAAGUACCCCUGUUGAGCAUGCUCCGGUGUCUACCAGUUCUGCCUCUGCUCCUGCACCAUAUGCUUCAGCACAUCAGCCUGCUGCUGCUGCUCAAAAUACAGCCAGUCUGAUGACACCACCAGCAACCACCUCAGUAGUGCGAGAGUCUUUCUCAUCCUCCUUCCAAAGAGUGGUUGCAGCCCCAAGCUCUCUUUCACAGCCUAAGCCUUUCCAUGGGUCCAAGAACAUGUCAUUAGCAGCUUCCACUAUUUCAUCUGCUAUCUCGUCGCAGUCUAGUUUCAACCGGCAUUCUUCCACCUCCAUCAGCUACCAGUCAAAGAAGAGAAACACAAGCCAGUCAUAUACACCAACACCAGUUUCCGGAAGCUACAGUGAAAGUCCUGCUGCUUCUGCUACUUCAAAACCAAGAGUCGUUACUACUGCCAGCAUAAAGCCCUCUGUCUACCAGCCAGCACCAGCACCAGUUCAUUCCUACACCCCUGCCAACGUUGAGCCUGCAAGUCGCCCUCCCUGGGUAACAGAUGACUCCUUUUCCCAGAAAUUUGCACCUGGAAAAACCACUACUACUGUCACAAAGCACAUCCUACCAAGGGGUGCUCCAGUACCAUCUCCUGCCUCAACUUCUGCUUACCCAUCUCCAGUUUCAACUUCUUCCCAGGCUCCUGCAAUAGCCCGGGGAACAGUUCAGAGGGCUGAGCGUUUUCCAGCCAGCAGCCGAACUCCUCUCUGUGGGCACUGUAACAGCAUAAUUCGGGGUCCUUUCCUGGUAGCCAUGGGUCGCUCUUGGCACCCAGAAGAAUUCAACUGUGCUUACUGCAAGACAUCCUUGGCUGAUAUGUGCUUUGUGGAGGAGCAGAAUAGUGUGUACUGUGAGCGCUGUUAUGAACAGUUCUUUGCACCAACCUGUGCCAGAUGCCACACUAAGAUCAUGGGGGAAGUGAUGCAUGCCCUAAGACAGACUUGGCACACAAGUUGCUUUGUCUGUGCUGCUUGUAAGAUGCCAUUUGGGAAUAGCCUCUUUCACAUGGAGGAUGGGGAACCUUACUGUGAGAAAGAUUAUAUUGCUUUGUUCAGCACAAAAUGCCAUGGCUGUGAUUUUCCUGUUGAAGCUGGAGAUAAAUUCAUUGAAGCUCUUGGACACACUUGGCAUGAUACCUGCUUCAUUUGUGCUGUAUGCCAUGUGAAUUUGGAAGGUCAGCCAUUCUACUCCAAGAAGGAUAAGCCGCUGUGCAAGAAGCAUGCCCAUGCCAUCAAUGUUUAAAAGAAGAGUUGGUAGACAGUAAUGCUGGGGAAAAACAAAUGACUAACUGGGCAAUUAUAAAGUUGAUAACCAUGGCUAGAAUUUUUCUUGGUAAAAGCUAGGAAGUUGAUAAUUCUGAAGUUUAACCUCUUUUGUAAAUGCAGAACAUGAUUUUGCAAGGUUCAUACAAAAACCUACAGAAUGAACAGUCAAAACCAAAUGAACUAGGCCAUUAUUAGAGCAACGGUUGGGGGAAAUACUGAAAUUAACUAAAAACUGUAAUAUAAAAAGUAAAGCAUGAAUACAGUUUCAAAUGAGCUACCCACAGCAGUUUUACUGCUUAGACCACACACUAGUGUUUAAGAACAACUGGAAAAGUCCUUUUGUAGUAAGUCAUUUUCUUUCUUAACAAGAAUGAGUAAGUGCCACGUGUACAAUAAUCUGUAGAAGCAAAGGCUAUAGCUUUCAAAGGGAAAUAAAUAGAUUAGGGUUUCCUCUAUGAAAAGUGAGUGCUAUUCCAUUAUGUUGUGGUGCUACCUCAUAGCAUCAAAUAUUUUAGAUUCUUCCCAAAUAACUUAGUUUGAAAAUAAAGUGGAAACAGAAUUAAUUCCUUCCAUAACCCAGUAAGAUUGAGAAAAGCGUGUUGGGUCAACCUUGCUAGUGCACUUGGCUUAUACGUGCACAAUAGAUUAGUUCACUUUCAAAUCAUAGUGGAAAAGGACAACUGGUUUUCUACAAAUUGCUCUUACAUUGAAUGGAGUAGCACUGGCUAGGAAAGACAGCUUUUAAUUUGAAACCAGUUUUCCUUUCCUCUUGUGGAAAAAAAAUGCUCAAAGUUACUUUGGUUCGUAAUUCCCAUUGAUAUCAGUGAGAGGUAGGAAUCUACAUCUGGACCUUCACAUUGAUGAACACAGAAGACACACAUUCAUCUAGCACAGCUAGGAAGUGGGAAAUAGCUUGCAAAAGUUCCCUGCUCUGUCCCACGUAGUUAGGAAAAGGCCUCUUUUCUUUUUUUUCUUAUAGUAAAUUAACAUUGAUUAAAAAUUCAUAAGGCAGCAUAACACCACAGGCACAUACUCUUUAUUAUCUUUGUUAGUUUAAAUGCAACACAUUCUGAAUUGUAGUAUUUGCCCUUGUAAAACAGUAGAAAGGCUCUGACAAUUAGGAUAACCAUACAAUCAUCUUUUCUAAUAUUUUAAGAACAACUUUCAAGUUGUUCAAACAGGUAUUUAUAAAACUUUUUUUUUUUUUUUUUGCAAAAGAGCAAUACUUGUAGUACCAAUAAUACUUCUGAAUUUUUAUUUUAAAUAUCAAUGACUUUUGUAUUGGAGACAGCAGUUCUGUCUGAUAGAAAAUAGAGUUAAAAUGGGAAGUCUGAUCACUAUUCAAGUUUUAUUAAUUUGUUUAAGUGAGAAUUAUGAUGUGUGUGUUGACAGCUUGCAGUACUGACAGUUUUGAAUUAGUAUUUCUGAGGCUGAGGAUGCAUUCUGUGGGCCACAUUCUGGUGCCAUCUAUACUCUAUUUUACCUUGGUUUUUGAGUGACAAGGAAUGACAUAGCAUUGCCUGCCUUUUCCCUCCUAUGGGUAAUGCCCAUUUUAAGGAAAUUGGUGUGUCUUUUUCAGGGAUGAAAAACUAUCCAAAUCUUGGGGGAGGAAUAAAACAAUUUGGAGUUCUAAUAUGAGAGUUAGGUUACCUGCAGGCAGUCUGCAUAUCGGACAAAAAUAACAACCUGAACUGCUUGUGGCAGUUUUGAUAUGUAUGAUGUGUUUAUUCAGUAGGUAUCUUAGUUCUCAGUGAUCUUAGCAGUGAUCUGAUCUGAGUGCUACAGGGUCAGAUUUUUGUAUGCAUGAAUUAUUCUAAAACACUGGUACAUUAUAUACAAAGCCUUUUUUUUUUUCUAUAGCAAACAAAUUUUCUGUUUUCAGUCAGUGCUGGGCUGGUGUGAAUAUGGUUCCAUUGAUUACAAAAUCCAAAGAUCUGGCUCAUAAAAUUCUCUAGAGGAAUAAAUUGUAAUCAUUGAAGUUAAGUAUUUUUUCACUCAUAUUUGACUUCAUGAAAUACCUUUUCAUAACAGUGAGACAAUUCUAGAUUUCCUUUUAAUUUUUUAAUGCUAUUCAACAAAAUGGUGUUUAUUAUUCUCUGUUAUUUAAGAGAAUUCAUAUCAGCGUAUUAUAUACUAAGACUGCAUUGAAGGUACUCUUUAGGCAGAUUUCUGUGUUACUGACUGACUCACUGGGACUAGUCUCUUGCUGUCAACAUCAAAACAGGGAGUCAGACUCCUUGGGAGGACACAAAAUGCUAGGGCUUGUGAUGCCUCAGGAGAAUUUCAUGAGGUCUUCUGCCUCUAAUCUGCAUGGGUGUAUAUGUGUCUCUCUCCCUCUCCACCCUCCCUCUCAGUGUCCCCAAAAACAGUGGCAGCGUGAAGGAUAAAGCAUUUUAGGAGAUGGCCAGAGAUGGAGUGCUGCAGCUUAGGCAGGGGCACACUCUGUGCAGAGAUGGUGGUAGGCAGCGCGGCUGGGGCUGUCUCUUUUUCACAUUCACAGGGGAGCCCAGAUUGCCAGCUGAAGUGGCCCAGGUCAGCAUGCGAGUUUUUGGGGUGGACAGGGGUCUCAGCGUGGGCAGGGGAAGGGAGGCUUGGAUCAGAGAAGGCAGAGCACCUGCAGCAGCCAGAAUGUAGGGGCUCUGGGGGCCUCUGAGUGUGAAAAGAUGAAGCAUUGAGGAGAUGGGAAGCCCUUACUGAAGCAGGGGUUGGAGGAGGGGGAAUAGUUAGGAAAGGCCAGUUUCACUAAGUCGAGAUGUUAGAUAGUUAGGGUGGGGAAGGGGGGAAUAGCCAGGAUGACUCACUACAGUCAGGGAAAGGGCUUGAAGCCAGAAAUUAGGAUACAGGCAGCUCACAAUAGUUCAGAGAGGUAGUAUGACUGUGUAUAGAACGGGUGAGCAAGGGGGAUACAGGAUCCAAUCUAGUAAAUUUGAAGUCAGUACUGCAGAAAGGUGCAUGCAAUGUAUGUUAGCAUAGCUCAGCUAGCUUGUGGCGUGGCAACAGUGAACAUGCAGCAGCACAGACUUCAGUGGGAGCCGUACUAGCUUGAAAGAGUCCUGAAAAUUUCCUUUUCAGUGGGAACUGUACUAGCUUGAGAGAGUCCUGAAAAUUUCCCUUUCAGUGAGGAGCUGUACUAACUUGAGAGAGUCUUGAAAAUUUCCUUGGACAGAUUACCUGCACUGUAACACAUGCCCUGACUCCAGCUGGUGUCUGAGCAAGUGAGAUUAAAGCUAGUUUACAUAUCACUAUAUGAGGUACAGUGAUAUCUCUGAAUGAAGAACAGAGAUACCCUGAGGAUUAUCAUGUAAUAAAUUUCCUGUUUUGACUUGUGCUGCUUCAUAAUGUGGUCCAAAUAUAGGGAAUCCACUUAUCCGCCCUUGAUAUCUAUAUUAAGAUAUAAUUUUUGCACAUAUCUGAACCAGAAAUUUGUGAAUAAUAAUGUAGUAUUUUAACUUUGACAGGGGAAGAAUACCAUGUAACUGCUGAUACUCUUCUGCCACAUGUCACCUUUGUGAUAUGGAGGGGGGAAAGAUGCAUAUAUAUAUAUAAAAUUCAGAAUAGGGCCCUUCAGUUAUCACUGAACAUAAACGCUGUACAAAAAUAUGCAAGAUUAAUAAUGUGUACUUGUUUAUGUUUUAUGUCUUGUAAUAGAUGCCUGGGACAAGUCCUAAGUUCCUCUAAAUAUUUCUUUUCAUUCUAAUUAACAUGGGGUUUUACAUAAUAAAACAAAGAUACUGUACCUCUGAAUGAUCAAAUAAAAAGACCAGUCUUUGUUCAAUAACUUUUCAGUCAAAGGCUUCAAAAAUUAUCUUAAUGGUUUUUCUCUUUUUCUGUUCUUUUUGCAGAACAGAGUAAAUGAAAUGUUUCCAAAGACUGCUUUUAUUAACUGGAAGAAAAAAAACACUCUCAUGACUUCUUUUUUUAGAAGUUAGUUUUUACUAUAUUGGAUUUACACAUUACACAUUUCUAAAAUCAAUUCAAAACAAGGAAAAAUGUUUUACUUUGGUCCUUCAGUGGUCAGUACUUUGAGUGAAAUUUUUUGUUAAAGAUUAUUUGUAUUUAUGUUUAAUAAUGUGAAUGUCCACAGCACUGAGCACACUCAUUAGUGUCUAAUGCUGGGCACGCUAAUGUUUAUUUGCAAUACUUGUCUCCUGGUAGCAGAUAUUAAUUUGUUUAGUAUUUAUAAACAUCAAAAUUUGAAACUGAGUGAUUUCUUGCCUGCAGUGAUAUUAGAAGUCUAAGUUUUAUAAUAUAUUGACAUGUUGACUUGAUGCCACAAGUGCCCUUGCUUUUAUAUAUGUAUUUUUUCCAAAGUUCCUAGUUAUUUCAGAAACAGAAUGUAGUGUGGUUUAUGAGGUGUGAGUAACUACCUUGCAUGGAUUAUCUGUGCCAAUAUGAAUAAAACAGUCUAGUAAUAAAAGGAAUGUGCAAAUACAGUUAAAGCUUUAUGAUUUGGGCAUAUUUAUUAAUAUGGUACGUGAACAGCUGACAGCUUUCAGCCAUGUAAUACUGAUAAGAAAGCAGACAUAAGCUUGUACUCUCUACUUCAGACCUGAAAAUAAAAAUUAAAAGCAUUGGUUUCAA